AUGCUUGUGAUUCUUUCAUUGAUAAUGUAUCUGCUCUUCUAUAUUUUCAUGCUUUCCUGUAUCAUUAUUACAUGUGGCGCUGACAAGAAUCGGGAGAAAGUGCAUGUGGAAAGAAGACAAGAACUGAAGAAUCGACAACGAGAUGCUAUGCUAUCAGGUCGUCCUGUGCAGACGGUGAUUGAGGAAGUGGAACCGCUUAUGAUGCGUUCAACAUCCAGACUCUCUUGCGUUCGCGAUAUGCCUGACUUUGCAUCGUUAGAGAAAGUGCAAAAAGCUAAGCAAAAAGAACUUGGAGCCGGCGCAACGGUGCCGAAGCCCGUCGAAGAACCUCAAUUCACUCCGAUAAAAUCAAUUGAAUGUGCUCAAGGUGAUUUGGCGGUAGAACUCAGUGAACUCCAUGACAUAGUUGGAAGAAACGGCGACGGAAACAUUAUGGGCUGUCCAGGCAUCAACAUUCUCGACGAGGAAGUGUUGACUGCUGUUCUUAUGGAUGAAGAGGAUGAUGAAGGCUUCUACAAUGUCCCACUCUAA